GCUUGACAAACCGGAUGUACAGCCUUCCCAAUGUGACUUACCUUGGCAAACAUCGUUAUGUUUUAAUGCUGUCUUCGUCUAGUGGUUUAAAGUCUGCAAAAUGUUUCUUACCACCGCAAAUUUGGCCAAGGCAAAGUCAAAGACCAUCUUGGUGCAGAUGAUGAGCGCUGCAGGGACAGGCUACUUCUUCAACACGAAGAGGAACCGUCUCAGAGAGAAGCUGGUGCUGCGCAAAAACGAUCCGUUUGGUAAGUUAUAAAUAACCAGCUGUGUAUGCUCUGCACAUGUAACAUACAUACUAUAACCCUUUAUUGAGCAUUAGUCUGUGCUGAAAAAUAAAAGGACAAACCCAUGUUCAUGGUAAUGGUACCAAGCUGUUAAUGUUUUAAAACAGCAGCUGGACUUUCAGCAUGGUGUACAGUGCAUCCGGAAAGCAUUCACAGCGCUUCACUUUUUCCACAUUUUGUUAUGUUACAGCCUUAUUCC